CUUCACUUCCCCUUUUUCAUAAUCAUCAUCAUCAUGUGUGUCACUUACAUGAUUGUUAAGAAUAUUAUCUCUAAAACAGAAUUUAAAAGGUUUAUUUUUAAAGUGGGAACUAUUGAAAGGUCCAAGAGCCUCGUGGAAGGGAUUGUGUUUGCCGUCUGAGGUGUCCACUUUACGCUGGACUUAAGCAUCUAUCAGAGACCAGAUUAUCCAGGCACUGAGAAAGACCAGGAGUCAGUGACUCCAACCAGACUGCCUCAGGAUCAAAGUCAUGACUCCUGCAGGGACGGAGCUGGAUGCUCCGUUCACGAGCGCGGUAGUUUGCAGCCAGGGAUUGGGACCAGGAUGAGGCCUCCAACACUGGCAGGGAUGCCUCUUCAGGACCAGAACGAACUUGCUCCUCCAGCAGAGGUGAAGAUCUGGAGCAGAGACAGAGGAAUUGUCUGGAGACUUGAUUUGAAGAUGUUCCAGAGUGGAGUGGACCUGUAGAGAACUUCCUGCAACCGCCACACUCAUGGCAUCUGAACCGGGACCUGCACCACCUUCGCUACCACUUUCCAGCAUCAUCUACAACAAUGGAUGAUAACAAUCAUAAUUAUUAGUCAUAAUAUUAUUAGCAGUAGUCCUGCUUAUAGUAAAGGACAGUACUUUAGCAUAUAAAACUAACUACUACUGUUAGUACCACUGCUGUUGUUAAGACUGAGCGUCUUCAUAUGAACAGUCGCUAAAUCUUGUUUACACUCGUGUGAUAGUUAAGAAUUAAAACAUUGCCUGUAUAGUUAAUAAAGGUUUUAAGAUGAAGACGGCUUGACCCUGGGCCGACUCAGGAAGUAACCUGGUGCCUGGUCCCGCUGGUUUGAAUGUAAAGUAGGCCGCAACUCUGCAAUAUGAAUUUGUCACUGUUACAAUGGAAAUAUCACAUUGAGGAGGAUGAGCUGUGAUAUAAAUUAGAUACGUGUGCUUAUUUAUAACAUUUGCUGAAAAUGCUAAAACCACACAUUUUUACCACUUUGAAGCAACCCACUGCAUUCAAAGUAGUAGGGAUCUGUUUUCUCCAUGCUGUUUUUUUUUUUUUUUUUUAAUCUACAACUCCACAAAAUGCCUUGUCACACUCAAAUUACUAAUUAGUCACCAGCUCUCCUAUUGGAUGAAUUGUGUGUUGUCACAGCAGCACUGCGCCCGAAUUAAAAUUAUUAAUUUUGGCAAACGCCCACCUCGUAUGCCACCACCGCAGCGCAUUGCCCUUAUGUAGCAAGUACAAAAUGUAAACGCCCUGUUUCAUUGCACUUAGCACAACACGCCGUCGGCCCACCCAUUCAUUCAAAGGCAAAGCGAGGGCUAUCCGUUAUAACUACUUCACGUUCAAACCAGUGGGAAAAGACACCAGGCUACUCCCUGUUCAGUUGCUUAGCAACCAGUGCCAAAUAUGGACAAGCUUGCAUCGGGGCGGCGUGUUGGUAAAAAAAAAAAGGUUGAAAAGGCCUUUACUGUAUUUCUCAUGGGGUAUAAUGUUUGAAUAUAUUAUAUUUACAAUUGAGUGCAAAUUUUUGAUCACUAGUAUGGAGUGCCUGAAAUUGUUCAAUACAGCUCCUAAUCACUGCAUAUUUGCUGUUUUUUUUAAUAUCUCCGUGAUUUGCUGAAACUCCCCAAUUAAUCUUCAUUCUGUCAUCUAUAUAUUAAAUAAUACUUCGAACUGAAUGAAAUCUAGUAUAUUGUAUUGAUGAAUUGUCAAUUCGCCGUGUUUCCUUCACGUUGAAACGACGGUACGGACAAUUCCUACAGUCCGUGAAGGCGGCGGGAGAUGCAGCGAGAGAGGGCGUUCCAUCGCCGUGUACGUGAACGCACCACGGAGCGAACCAUUCGCCGCGUCUUUUCCGAGCUCAUAUUCGACCUCGUCGGAACCGGAACCGCCUGGUCGGGUUUCGUCCGCCUCUUAGUGCUUGCCCUGGCCUGGCGGCCGGCGACGGGCUGCUGGAGGCCGCUGGGCUGCUUAGAGGCUCGCCCCUCGAAAACAACAACAAUGGCAGAUUGUUUAAAAGCAAUGAUGGUGUGCCUCAAGAAGUCCAAGAAGCUGUUAAGAUGAAGAGAAGUUACGGUGGAAGAAGGUACCAGGACCUUCAAAGCGUCUCCAUUGAUUAUCCAAGCAGCAGCUGCUCUGGUCUGGCCAAGGGUGCCAGGCUUCCUCCCAGACUGUUGUUGAAGGACAUGUGGCCUCACAGCAGAGGAACCUCCCAGCCUCAGGACCGAGGUGCCCACUCCUGGACUCCAAAUGUACAACCGGCACAGGAGUGGCUCUGGACAGACGGAGCAGGACACUCCAGUCAGCAGCAUAUGUGGACAGUCACAACAGGCAGGGAUGAGGACAGACGCCAGCAUCAGGCCUUCAGUGGUCGCGCUUCAGAACCAGAGCGGACUUGGAACUUUUGCAGAAAUGUCUUCCGCAGGCCUGGUACUGAAGUAGGUAACGUUGGUGGUGUCCAAAACAAUGCAGACGUUUCCAUGCUUCAGCCUGGUGAGGAAGAGGAGAAGAAGCCACCAGUGACCUUCAGUAAGAAGGAGCCUCGCACCUUCGCCCCAGGAAGCCAGGAGGAGCGUUGGCAGCUCCAGAUCAUCGCCAGAGGCCGAGCGAAGUGUCCCAAAUGUAAAAGUGUGAGCAGGAAGACGGUGGAAGGUCUCAAGAAGCACAUGGACAACUGCAGCGUGCAAGCGUUUACGUGCCAACACUGCGGGAAGCAGCUCAAGUCUUCCACGGGGAUGAAGUAUCACGUCAUGGCCGACCACAGCAACCCGCCGUCAGUGGAAGACACCCAGGACCUGGACCAACGCGCUGUCAAAGACAAACUAAGGAAAAUUCUGAAGCAGUUGGGCAAGGUCAGGUGCUCCAAAAAGGGCUGUACGGCGGCAUUCAGCAGCAUUAUGGGAUACAUGUACCACAUGAAGAAGUGCGGCAAGGAGCAGGCGGAGCUGGACAAGAUGCUCCUCAGUUGUUUACACUGCGGGAAAACGUACAAGUCCAAAGCCGGCCUGGACUACCACGUCAAGUCCGAGCACGCCCCCACGGGUCCGGCGCACCAGGGCGAGGCGGCGGAGGUCCCGAGCCAGGCCGAGGCGGAGAGGACGGCCGGCGGCAGAGUUCAGCGAGCCUCGGCGCUGCUGGCCAACUUCCACAUGGCGGAGAUGGCCAACAAGGAGCCAUCCAAAGACCGGCCCAAGAGGAACUUUCAGUCCGACCUGGUGCCCGACGACAAAAAGGCAAGAGUGCAAUCUCGACAAUCAAGUGCAGUUAAGGUCCCUGGAAAGUCAACAAAAAAGUUGAAGUACUCGCGACCCGGCCUGCCUGCCUUCAGCCAGGAGCUGCUGAGGAAGUGGAAGAACGAAGUGAAGCUGCAUAGGACGGUCCACUGUCCCAACCAGGGUUGUGGGUGCACAUACACGAGCGUAUCUGGACUCAAGUCUCACCUGGGACUGUGUACUAGGGGCGAUUUUCAGGCGGGAAAGUACCGAUGUCUGAUCUGCGGCAAAGAGUUUCACUCGGAGAGCGGUGUGAAAUAUCACAUCAACGCCACGCAUUCGCAGGAAUGGUUUGUGACCAACAAAAAGGCUUCCAUGAAGUUCCUGAAAAAGCAGCCCAGAGAGACGGUCCACCAUGAGGGGCAACGCAUCAUGGACCACCACCACCAUCAUCAUCAUCAUCGUCAUCCUGACUACCAGAUGCAGCGACCGCCCACGCUUUUGUGCACCCCUGUGGAGCGUCCGCCCUGUCCCGCGUGGCUGGACGUGAGGGCCGAGCAAGCCCCCAUUGAGAUGGAGGACGCUGACAAAAUGGCAGAGGGGAACCGAAGGGAGCGCGAAGUGAGACAUAAGGACGGCCUCGAGCAAUGUGGCCAGCACAGACCAGUGGUCCAGUGGAAUCAGAGACGCUUGGACGGGUGGGAGUUCCACGCGCAGGCCUCCAACAGACAGAAACUGGCCUGAAAAGUCCAGAGGAAAAGAAAAGGUGAGAGAUUGUUAUAUGCGCAACAAGUGUAGUUAAUGUGUGUGUUUUCUAUGUAUGUAACCUAUUGUGUUCACUUACUAUAAAAUAUUUUAGCUAGAAGUUGAACAUGUUAUUACAGUAUGUGUGCCUGUGUCAGACAUGACUUUAGUGGUAUCAAUAAAACCGUCAUUGGACUUAAAACAUCUAACAUUAAAAGGCAAACUGCUAAUUUGUAUCACCCAUCUCUCUAGGUGUAAAUGUUAACCCUUUAGUAAACAAGAGACAGGACAAGCACUUUGAGAAUAAUGGGAAUUUACUAAAAACUUGCAUGCAAGGAGACUACUUAAAUACAACCUGAUGGCUGCUUUUGUAUUAAGUGUCUGCCUAUUUCUCCUUAGGGAAGGUCAUACAUACACACGACAUUUUGCUUUGUCUCACAGCUAAGUGAUAACACAUGGAGAGAAAGGAACAAGGUCUAACUUUCUUAUCCUCGUGCUACAAAAAAUGAUUAUGUGAUCUCACAAUUAACAUCGAAUCCAUUUUAUAAGUGCAAAGAAAUAUAUUUUUCUGACACCGGGACAGUGUUUCCCAAUCUUUUUUUUUGAGCCAAGUCAAAUAUUUUACAUUACAGAAAAUAUAAUGACACACCGCCAAACAAAAAUGCCACAAAAUGUGGAUUCACGCGUUUACCUUCUGCCAUAGCCUUAUGAAAGACACAAGCACACCAGAAAAUGUCCACAUACAUGUGUAGAUAGUUAUCCCAUACCAAAUAACCACUACCAUCGAACAUGUUCUCCUUUUUGUGAGACACACUUAGUAGCCUAAUAAGCGUGUUGUUUACUGUGCAAGUGCUUGUUUUCUGCACACCAUGUGAUUCUUUUCCAUCAUAGCAGCCGUGUUCAAACAUGUCAUUAAACACUUCAACCUGU